AUGGGAGUGGUCGGUGUGGCGUUGCUUGUCUCUUUUAUUUCAUUUCUCAUUCAUUGGAUCUCACAAAAGGCAAAAUUCGUCUAUGACACGAUAAGUGCGCUUCAGGGCCCAGCUGCGCUACCGUUAAUCGGUAAUCUCCAUCAAUUGCAUGUUCAUCCCGUAGAAUUUUUCGAGCAAGCUCAGGGCAUCUCAUAUCUUUUCCAGAAAGGAAACGAUCGAAUAGCACGAGUAUGGCUAGCUGGCAUGCCCUUUGUGGUGCUUUAUGGAGCGGAUGAGGUGGAGGCCGUUUUGGGUAGCAAUAAACUUCUCCACAAACCCAUUCACUAUUCAUUUCUUUCCGCAUGGAUUGGACAAGGAUUGCUGAUUAGCGAUCCGAACAAGUGGCGACCGCGACGGAAACUCUUGACUCCCACCUUUCACUAUGAUAUUUUGAAGGAUUUCGUUGAGGUCUACAACCGACACUCUCGAACACUUUUAGCGAAAUUUCAAAAGCUGGCCGCUGAAGGCGAUUUUACUGAUGUUUUUCAUACAGUAACCCUCUGCACACUGGAUAUCAUUUGCGAGGCGGCGCUGGGUACUUGCAUCGACGCGCAAAACAACCCGAACUCACCCUAUUUGGAAGCGGUCUUCAAAAUCAAGCACUUGUUACAUCGGCGAAUGAUCAACCCGCAGUACUAUCCGGAUUUCAUCUUCAAGCUUUUUGGUGAUGGAAGAGAGCAAGCGAGAUACGUCAAAGUUCUACACGAUUUCACGAGCAAGGCCAUUUACGCGAGGAAAAAACUUGCCGAUGAGGCUGGCGGAGUGAAUAAAUUGAUUGAUCAAGAGAAAGCUGAGGGGAGAAGAAGAAUGGCUUUCCUUGAUCUGAUGUUGGACAUGCACGCGAGAGGCGAAUUGGAGAUGAGCGGAAUACAGGAAGAAGUCGAUACGUUCACUUUUGAGGGCCACGACACAACCUCGACCACAGCGAAUUGGUUUUUCCAUCUGAUGGGUGCACAUCCCGAGUAUCAAGUGAAAUGUCAGCAAGAGAUUGAUGAGGUUAUUGGCCCCGAAGAUCGCCACAUCGCAUUUGAUGAUUUGGGUCGAUUCAGAUUUCUAGAGGCUUGUCUGAAAGAAACGAUGCGGCUUUACCCGGCCGUCCCGUUGAUCGCCCGAUACACGGCUGAGGAAGCGAAAAUUAAAGACUACACUCUCCCGAAAGGCACAAAUAUCAUCAUGGUUCCAUCGAUGGUGCACAAAGAUCCGCGUUAUUGGGAGGACCCGGAGAUUUUCCGACCCGAGAGAUUCCUUGAGAAUGACGUGAAACACCCAUAUGCUUACAUUCCGUUUUCGGCGGGAGCCAGAAAUUGCAUUGGUCAACGUUUCGCGAUAAUGGAAGAGAAAACGAUAGCAGCGACUGUGUUGAGAAAUUUGAAGAUUGAAUCACUGCGAAGGACGGAUCAAAUGCGAGUGGCUGCCGAGUUGAUCAUUCGUCCUUUAUACGGAAAUCAUCUGAAAUUUCGUCCACGAGAUUAUGGAGAUUACACUAUUGAGAAAUCCGCCGUU